AUGAACCUUAUGCACCCAAUUAAUUAGUACUUUUUAAAAAAUAAAGAUAAUAUUAUUAUUUAGUAAGGAAGUAUUUUAAAAUUGAGAAAUGAAUAAUCAAAACAAAAUUUUUAAAUUAAAAUUGAUUAAAAUUAAGAAAAUAUCAAUUAGAUUUAAAAAAUUAAACAAAAUAAAAAGCUAAUAAAUAUAAAAUGUUUUAUUGUUUUAAAUUAAAAAAUAUAUAAAAAAAAAAAUUUAUUUUAUCUUAGAUCAAGUACUAAAUUUGAUAGAUUAGUGCAAUUUGCUAAUGCAGAACCUAAGUUUAAUGCACUCUCUAUCCCAAUUUUAUUAUGUCUAUUUAAAUAUUUAAUCAAAUAUAAUGAGUUAGGAAGAAAAAACUAAUGA